AUGCUCGAAUCCAAUCCACCGGCACUGCCGCAGUCAAAGCUCCCAAGGCUGCCGCUGCCAACUUUUGAUGGUACUCACACGGAGUAUAAAAACUUCAUGACUUCGUUUAUGCAGCUUACUAAACGUGAGAAUUUAUCAUCAAUUGAGAAAUUCAACCAUCUUCUCAACUGUUUGAAGGGCCCAGCCCUGGAAGCACCUGUUAACUCUUCGAAUGCACAACAAUUGCGAAGCUUGAUCGAUAAUUCAUCCGCCCUAUUCAGCUCUCUGUCGUCGCUGGGCUCAGAUGCACAAAUUUCGGAGGCAAUGCUGAUCUACCUGGCUAUGGACAAGUGCGAUCAACAAACUCGGAAUAAAUGGAAUGAAUCCCAGGACUACUAUUCGUUGCCAUCCUGGACCCAGUGCGCUAGUGUGCUCGAACGCCACUGCCAAUUUCUAGUAUCCAGUGGAUCUUCCUCAACUAAACUUCGAAGGCCUGUCCAGACUAAACCAAUAUCGGGUGCAAUCAACAACGCUCACAACGUAUCAUUUGCACUCACCAAGACCACAUGCGUCUUUUGCUCCAGCGCUGGACACAGACUCAUGGUAUGCGACCAGUUUCGGAAUUUGGAUUCACUGCAACGCCUAGAAGUGGUGAAAAAACAUGGCCUUUGCGUCAAUUGUCUUGGCAAGGGACAUAAGGUGUCAAAUUGCCCGUCGAAAAAUCGCUGUCGAAGUUGCAAUCAGCCGCAUCAUACGCUCUUGCAUCACCACAACUCUUCGAAGUCGUUAUCAUUACCUUCGACAAGCUCGUCCCAGCCCAGCGGAACAGCAGCUUAUUCUCAACCACAAUUGAGCGCAGCACCAAACUACGUGAAUGUGCAGCCGUAUCCCAUCGGAGCUGCAACCCAUGCGCACGCUCAAUCAGAUGCAAGAGGGGGAUCACAAGUCAUCCUAGCCACAGCAAUGGUGCAAGUUCAGGACUCAAUUGGCUCCUUCAGACUCGGGAGAGCGCUUCUCGACUCCUGCUCUCAGGUCAAUUUUAUAACCGAGGCUUUUGCUCAUAAAUUCAGAUUGCCGAGGGACAAACAUAGUGUUCAAAUUCGCAGUAUCGGCGACUCGAACACGUACAUCAAACACCGUACAUCAACAACAAUCAAAUCUCGUCUUUCGCCUUUCGAAUUGUCUCUCGAUCUCUGCAUAACGCCUAAUAUUGCAUAUCAACCGGAUACCCAAAUUGACAUCUCGAACUGGAACCUUCAGCCCAACGCGCCGUUAGCGGACGAACAAUUUCAUCUUUCCCGAAACGUCGACAUGCUGCUAGGUGCAGAGGCAUUCUACGAUAUUCUAGCAGUGGGCCAAGUCAAACUGGGCUCCAAUUUGCCGACUCUCCAAAAGACACUAUUCGGUUGGGUAGUAGCGGGAAGCCAUCGCCCAAAACAAUCAAAGGAGUCCUACGCAUAUCUGGCUCAAAGCUCUGCAGCCAUUGAUGCAAAUCUCAAGCGUCUGUGGGAAGUGGAAACUAUCAGCGCCUCGGCUGAUCAACUGAAGCCAGAACACCAGUUAUGUGAGACACACUUCAAGCAGUCAAAUCGCUUAGAAGCAAACGGAAGGAUCGUCGUUAAGUUACCAUUCAAGGAUGCCCCUACUCAGCUUGGCAAUUCGGUUGACAUUGCUCUUCGAAGAUUUCUCAACGUCAAACGGCGACUUGUACGUUCACCGGAAGUCUACGCCCAAUAUAGGACGUUUAUGAACGAAUAUGAACAAAUGGGUCACAUGGAGCUAGUGGCAAAUCCCAAUUUAUCGGCUCCUCACUACUACAUUCCUCACCACUGUGUGAUAAAGCCAGCCAGUGAAUCUACAAAGCUUCGAGUUGUAUGCGUCCUGCAAAACGUCAAACUUUCAAGAUAUGCCCUGACAGCCGACAUAGCGAAGAUGUACAGGCAAGUAAAUGUUGAUAUUAGUGACCGCAAAUUUCAGUACAUUCUCUGGCGAGAUUUUCCAGGCGAUCAACUACGCACAUAUCAGCUUAAUACGAUCACUUACGGAACGGCUUCCGCACCAUAUCUCGCUGUAUGUAGCCUACACCAUUUAGCGGAUCUUCAUGGCGCUGAAUUUCCCAUUGGUGCUGCCGUUAUAAGGACUUCAUUCUAUGUCGACGAUUUAAUAACUGGUGCAGACGAAAUAUCGACUCUGUCAGUCAUAAAGGAUCAAGUUACCAAAUUACUAGAACGCGGUCAGUUUCCGCUUACCAAAUGGCACUCAAAUCACAUGGACUUCGUCGAGAGUCGCAACAACAAGGAUCUCAAUCCAUGCAUAAACGCUAUGACUAGUACACUUGGAGUAUAG